AUCAAAGAUGAAAGUCCUGAAAUGCAUUCUCACAGCCAUCGGGCUCAUCAUUCCUGGCAGCACGGCAAUUUACAUCAAUAAUACCAGCAUUCUGACCACCAACGUCCCAGUUAAUCAUCCGGAAAUGUACAAAAACUUUCCCCUGUUGUGGCAUCUUGACAUGAGCAAUCAAACUUCAUUCGAGUUUCCAUUGGAUCGUGUGCUGUUGGUCCAUACGAAGUUGGCGCGGUACUUCUGCAACAACUGUUCAGUCCAUUCGAUCUACAUGCAGUCAUUUUCGAUGCUGCCUCAACUAACCCACCUGGAGCUAGAUCACAACAAUCUGAGCUAUAUUCAUCCGGAUGCCUUCGAAAAUAACCCUCUUUUACACAAAGUUCAACUGGUUGGAAAUAAUCUGGUAAAAUUCAACCCACUAGCAACCUUAAACCAUGUCACCUUUCUGUCUAUCCUGAACUUGAAUCAAAAUCCCGGAUUCAAUAUCAAUCAAGUCCAAAUGAAGCUUCCGUGGCUGGUGUACUUUAGCUGCAAGUACUGCAACACUUCGUUCGUGGACAAGUCGACGAUGAGUCGUUGGAAGAGACUCGGACAUCUGCAUCUUCCAAACAACAACAUCGAACGCAUUGAUCAGGAUGCGUUUCAACCGAUGAGCCGGUUUAAGCAUCUGAAUAUCAAAGGCAAUCGAAAAUUGACGAAGUUAAACGUUCAAUCAAAAACGUUGCAACAUUUGGAUGCCGAAGGCUGUGGAUUAGAAGGAAUGCUGGACACAUCAGACUUACCUGCGUUAGAAACCAUAAACGUAAGGAAUAAUAAGAUCUUGAAGAUUCACGAGCGUGGAUUUCAGAACUGUGAAAACAUCAAACGAAUAUUGCUAGAUGACAAUCAAAUCGACAAGAUUCCCGAAAAGUUACUAGAGCUAUCACUUUACAAACUAGAAGCACUCUGCGUCGAUAGGAAUCCUCUGCAACCAAGCGAGAUUUUAGAUGGCUUCAGAGCAAAGUAUAGUGCUAAAAAACUUCGUCGAGCUUGUUUGGAUGACGAAAGUCCUUCGAAGCAGCUUGAAAACCUGCCAAGCAUAAAUGGAGUUGCACUGUAUACAAACUUUUCAGAUGUGCACAAUUUUGAAGAAAAUAGCACUGCUGACUUUUCAUUUCAAAACAUAGUGUACGUAGAAGGAGAUUACUUUAAAAAUGUUCCUAGCAUUUCCAUGGUUGUAUUGGAUAACAACUCCAAUUACGAUUUUCCAAACAGUUAUGCUUUUCUACAAAGUAAUUUCAUUACCGAAAUUUCGUUAGCUGACUGUGCAAUUACAGCGGUUCACGAAAACGCAUUCAAGCUUCUUCCAAAUAUCAAAUCAAUCAAUUUCAAGGGUAACAGGAUAAAAACCUUACAUUCACCAAAGGUGUUUAAAAAUAAUCCUAAACUUGAGCACUUAAGCUUUGCCCAUAACGAUUUAGAAUUUUUAACUUCAAAUCAGUUCCAGGAGUUGAAAUCAUUGCGUUCUGUGAAUUUAAACCACAACCGACUUCUUUCCAAUCAACGUGGUACUCAAUUUCUUAUUAGUUACUGCCUAGAAAAGCUCUCAUGUAAUUUUUGUAGCUUUUAUCAAAUUGACGAUUUCACACUAAGUGGUCUAAUCAAGCUUAAAGAGCUGGAUCUAAGCCACAACGAAAUCUCAAUCGUAAAUGAAAAUGCAUUCCAAAGUACGAAGCAACUACAACGGCUUGAUUUAAGUCAUAAUCAACUGAAAACAUUCGAGCCAGAUGUGCUUCAAUUUGGUCAUUUGCACACGUUGUGCUUGGCAGAAAAUAGAGAGUUUGAUUUUCACUCAAACAAAGGUCAAAUUUUGGUAGAUAAUGCACCAAAUCUGGAGACGAAAUGUAAGGAAACAACUUUUUCGAAAAAGUUGACCGAAUUAUUGAAAAAUAGACCUUUAAAAACAGUGAAGAUGGGUAGUUUGAUCCAAAGGGCAAAUUUAGUUAGCAUUGAAAGUGAGUUCAGUUUGGGAACAUCCAGCUUUGUUAGAAGCAUAAAUAUUUUAGUAAUAAGUACAUCAUUAGUUUUUCAAAUACUUAGACUCUGA